AUGAGGUCUACAUUUCGACUGUUGGCCAAUGUCAAGCCCCGGUACCUGGAGCCUUUUGCUCCUACCGGAUUGACUGGUCUUAUCACUCACCCAAGUCCCCGCCCGACUUUGAUCUUCCUCUACACCAACACCCUGCAGAAGCUGCAGUCUUUCCCCGAAUCUUCCGCCUACCGCCAGUCCGUCGAGGCAUUGACCCGCCACCGUCUCCAAAUCGUUGAAUCGCAGAAGCCUCCAGGAUUUGAGGAAUGGUUGGAGCGCGUGAAGAAGACCGUGGGCGCCGAGCCCGAGCGAUUCGCUCAACUCCAGCUUAAGAAUGGCACUUUCGCCUACGCCGCUUCGCAAGAGCGGGAUUUUACAGAUAAUGCGCGCGGUCAGGAGUGGGAUGGCGAGAAGCUCUCCGCUACUACCGAGGGUCCUACUCGCACUCCGGAGGAAGAGGCUGAGUGGAAGAAAAUCAUUGAGGAGGGUAGCGAAUCGGCCAACGACCACAGUGAUUUCCUCGAAGUUGCCAUGAAGUGGGAGAACGAGCCUGCCCUGGAGGCCUCUCAGAUCUCUGAAAUCGAGCAACAGAUCGGCGCUGGUCUUAUCGAGGAGGUUGUCCAGGUCGCCGAAGCCGAGUCCCAGCUUGUCGAUGAACUCUACAAGGCCAAGGUUUGGGAAGAGCUGGAGGAGAAGCCCGCUCCUGGUCAGUGGACCUACUUUGAGCGUGGUAACUAA